CCCAGGGAAGAGAUGGACCCGGAAGUUGUUGCUUGCGGCGAUGAGGAAGCCGGAAGUGACUGCGCGGUGACUCUUGAGGGCCCCGGGAUGGAGCGGUGACCGGAGCCCAUGGAAGGGGCGGAGCCUGGGGAAACUGGAAACGAGGAUCCGGGGGUUGUGUACACCAUGGAGAACAAGCCCAUAGUCACCUGUGCUGGGGACCAGAGUUUGUUCACUGCUGUUUAUUCUACCCUCACCCAGCAGCUGCCUAAAGAGCCGAUGGAAUGGAGAAGAGCAUAUGGCCGUGCUCCUAAAAUGGUCCAUCUGGAGUCCAACUUUGUCCAGUACAAGGAGGAGCUUUUACCAAAAGAGGGAAACAAGGCUCUGCUGACCUUCCCCUUCUUGCACAUAUAUUGGACAGAAUGCUGUGUGAGUAACCUCUAAGAGUUGUCUCUUCCA